UGCUAUAUAUAUUUAUAUAUAAUAUUACUGCUUCCACUUAUAAUUGACUACUUUUCAGCGCUAACCAGCUCACCACGCCUCUCGAUUUACUUUAAUUAUGCUCUGUUUUGAUGAGAUUGUUUGUUGAAGUUGUGUUUGAUUUCGUGUGAUUAUGUCGUCUAGAGGCGUGUUUGGAUGGGGCCAGCCGGAUUUGAUUCCGUUAACGCCGGUGUCGGAGGUGUCGGAGCCGCCGGAGUCGCCGUUGCCGUUUAUGUGCGAGAAUUUCGAGGAUGUGAGGGGAGUGGAGGAGGAGGAUGAGGAGGAAGAGGAGGAGAGGGAGGAGUUGGCGCCCGAGGCGGUGCCGAUUUGGGGAUUGUUUGCUUGUGCGGAUUGGAUUGAUUGGAUUUUGAUGUUGCUUGGGGGAUUGGCUGCGGCGGCUCACGGUGUGGCGAUUGUUAUGUAUGUUCAUUUGUUUGGCAAGGUGUUGGAGAUUUUGGUUGUUGAUGAUUCGGUUAGCAAGGAUGAGUUGUUUGACAAGUUCACCACGCAAGCUCUGCACAUCAUGUAUAUAGCUUCUGGUGUUUUUGUUGCAGGUUGGAUUGAGGUUUCAUGCUGGAUGCUUACUGGUGAAAGGCAGACUGCUAUUGUUAGGUCAAAGUACGUACAUGUAUUACUUAAUCAGGAUAUGAGUUUCUUCGACACAUAUGGGAACAAUGGGGACAUUGUUAGCCAAGUUCUGGGUGAUGUGCUAAUCAUUCAGUCUGCCAUUAGUGAAAAAGUUGGAAAUUAUAUUCACAACAUGGCAACAUUUUUUGGUGGACUAGUCAUUGGGUUCAUCAACUGUUGGCAGAUAUCUCUUAUUACAUUAGCUGUUGGUCCAUUUAUUGUCGCUGUAGGGGGUAUAUCAAAUAUUUUUCUCCAGAAACUUGCAGAAAACAUUCAAGAUGCUUACGCUGAGGCUGCAAGUAUAGCUGAGCAGGCUCUGUCUUCCACAAGAACACUAUAUGCGUUUACAAAUGAACCGUUAUCCAAGUACUCUUAUGCAAAUUCUCUUCAAGCAACACUGAGAUAUGGUAUAUUAGUAAGCCUUGUGCAAGGACUUGGUCUUGGAUUCACUUAUGGACUUGCAAUUUGCUUAUGUGCUUUACAACUUUGGGUCGGAAAGUUUCUAAUAACAAGUGGAAAAGCCAGUGGUGGUGAAAUCAUUGCAGCACUUUUUUCUGUACUCUUAAGUGGCCUUGGGAUGAAUCAGGCAGCAACAAAUCUCUAUUCAUUUGAGCAAGGGAGAAUUGCUGCAUAUAGAUUGUAUGAGAUGAUAAGCCGUUCAAGCUCUUUUGUUAAUCAAGAGGGACAUACUUUAGCAUCCGUGCAAGGAUUUGUGGAGUUUCGGAAUGUUUAUUUUAGUUACCCAUCACGGCCAGAAGUACCCAUACUAAGUGGGUUUUAUCUUACUAUACCUGCUAAGAAAACUGUUGCAAUAGUUGGCAGGACUGGAUCAGGAAAAAGUAGUUUAAUCCCAAUACUGGAGCGCUUUUAUGAUCCUACUUUAGGAGAAGUACUUUUAGAUGGAGAAAAUAUCAAAAACCUGAACUUAGAAUGGUUAAGAAGUCAAAUAGGACUUGUGACCCAGGAGCCUGCUUUGCUAAGUUCAAGUAUUAGAGAUAAUAUUUCUUAUGGGCGGGUCAAUGCUACUUCACAUCAAAUUGAAGAGGCUGCUAAAGUGGCACGUCUACAUGCCUUCAUAAGUUCUCUUGAUAAGGGAUAUGACACUGAGGUAGGAAGAGCUGGUUUAUCAUUGAGUCAAGAACAGAAAGUCAAACUUUCUGUUGCUAGGGCAGUGCUUUUAAACCCUUCUGUUCUUUUGCUUGAUGAUGUUGCUGGCAGCCUUAAUUUUGAAAUUGGGACAAGUGUUCAGGAUGCCAUAGAUGCCAUCACAUUGGGACGGUCAACUUUAAUCAUUACGCAGCGCUUAAGCCUGAUUAAGAACUCUGAUUAUAUUGCUGUGAUGGAGGACGGGCAACUCGUUGAAGUAGGUACUCAUGAUGAGUUGUCCAGCUUAAAUGGGUUGUACUCAGAACUCCUUAGAUAUGAAGAGGCACUGAAACUUCCUGAAAGGUUGUUGGAUAGGAACCAGAAAGAGAUUACUGUCCAUAUGAAUAAUGACUUAUCGUCAAGCAACAGUUGUCAAGAAUCUUCAUUGCCAAAUCUUCUUAAGUCUUCAUCACUCGGGGAUGGUAAUGAUGUUGUUGUCAUUCAACCUGAUGAUAUGACCUAUGGGUCUCAGAGAGCAUUGAUUUCUCACAGCACAGAUUCAGAAAAAACACCAGAUGAAUGCUUGCCACCAGAUGCCGUGGAUAAUAUAUUGUUUAUAAAAUCACAGGAAGGUUUCGAAAUAAGAUUACCUCAACUAUCCAUUCAUGAUGGCACUGCUGAAGGAAAACAAACUUCAGAUGCUAAAGAUCCCAAAUCCACCGUCUCACUUUUAUUGACCCGGGAUCCUAAAACUGAAACUUGUAAUUUAAAGAGUUCCAAUCCUACUAGUCAGAUGGUUGAUGCCUGUAGAGAAGAGAAUCCAAAUAAAGCAUCUCAAAGACUCCCAUCUUUCUGGAGACUUGUAAAACUUAGUUUGGCAGAGUGGCUUUAUGCAGUUUUAGGAAGCAUCGGGGCAGCUAUAUUUGGAGCUUGUAAUCCUCUUCUCGCUUUUGUGAUUUCACUAAUAGUGACAGCCUAUUACAGGGAUGAAGGUCAUCACCUGCGUUAUGAAGUGAACAAAUGGUGCUUAAUUAUCACAGGCAUCGGAGUUGUAACUGUAGUUGCGAAUUUUUUGCAGCAUUUCUACUUUGGCAUAAUGGGAGAAAAAAUAACUGAGAGAGUAAGGCGGAUGAUGUUCUCAGGCAUGCUGCGCAAUGAAGUUGGAUGGUUUGACAAAGAAGAAAAUAGUGUUGACAUCUUAUCCAUGCGCUUGGCAAAUGAUGCCACGUUUGUGCGUGCUGCUUUCAGCAAUCGCCUUUCUGUUAUUGUCCAGGAUGGUACAGCUGUUGUUGUUGCCAUUCUUAUUGGGAUGCUACUGGGAUGGCAAUUGGCUUUUGUAGCUUUAGCAACCCUACCUGUUUUGAUUGUUUCCGGAAUUGCUCAGAAAAUGUGGCUUUCAGGAUUUUCAAGAGGUAUACAAGAGCUCCACAGGAAGGCAUCUUUGGUUCUUGAGGAUGCUGUUACUAAUAUGUAUGCUGUCGUGGCAUUUUGUGCUGGAAACAAAGUUUUGGAACUUUAUGGAUUGCAGCUAAAGAAAAUUUUUAGGCAAAACAUUCUGCAUGGUAUGACAAUUGGUUUUGCCUUCGGUUUCUCACAGUUCCUUCUUUUUGCCUGUAAUGCUUUCCUACUCUGGUAUACUGCUAUUACGGUAAAAAAUGGCUACAUUGAUCUACAAGCAGCUCUUAAAGAAUACGUGGUCUUUUCUUUUAUAACUUUCGCUCUGGUAGAGCCAUUUGGUCUGGCCCCUUACAUAUUCAAACAUCGAAAAUCCCUCAGUUCGGUAUUCGAGAUAAUUGAUCGUGUCCCAGAAAUUGACCCUGAUGACAGUGCUGCAUUAAAGCCAUGUAAUGUCUACGGAAAUAUUGAGUUCAAAAAUGUGGAUUUUUGUUAUCCUAGUGCUCCAAAGGUAAUGAUCUUAAACAAUUUCAGUCUUAAAGUCAGCGGAGGGCAAACUGUAGCUGUCGUUGGAGUUUCUGGUUCAGGAAAGAGUACCAUUAUUUCAUUGUUAGAGAGGUUUUAUGAUCCAUCUGCAGGCCAAAUUUCAUUGGAUGGAAGAGAUCUUAAACUUUUCAAUUUGAGAUGGCUGAGGAACCAUGUAGGUCUACUUCACCAAGAACCUGUAAUAUUCUCAGCAUCCGUGAGAGAGAAUAUCAUAUAUGCCAGACAUAAUGCAACUGAAGCUGAGUUGAAAGAGGCAGCUCGAAUAUCAAAUGCCCAUCAUUUCAUAAGUAGCUUGCCUCAUGGUUAUGACACCCAUUUGGGUAUAGGAGGAGUAGAACUGACACCAGGACAAAAGCAGAGAAUUGCAAUUGCCAGGGUUGUGCUAAAGAAUGCACCCAUUUUGUUGUUGGAUGAGGCCACCUCCACCAUUGAAAGUGAAUCGAGUCGUGCUGUACAGGAGGCUCUCGACACACUGGUUAUGGGUAACAAAACAACUAUCCUCAUUGCUCAUAGAGCAUCAAUGAUGAGACAUGUUGAUAAUGUUGUGGUUAUUAAUGGAGGGCAAAUAGUGGAGCAAGGUAGUCAUGAUUCUCUUAUACAAACAAAAGGUCUAUAUGCUAAGUUGAUGCAACCUCAAUUUCUUAAAAACCACCGGCAGCGUUGGCUUGGUUCGUAGGACAGAGUUGGUUGGAGGGUAAUAAAUAUCACUCCUGUCAUGUCCUUGAUUAUUGACAAAUCUCCUUGACGGAAAUUUUUGGACUCGUAACAUACAAUAAGAUGAUUAAAUCUUAAAUGUAUGGUUCUAGUGUGCAGAUAAUGAAUACAAACAAGAGCAAUCUCUCUACUCUUAAACAUACAGUUGGUGAGCAGGGAGUAGGCUAGACGAGCCAAGGAACUUUCAUAGGCAGUCAAAUCAUGAAAUGAUUUGUGCCGUGUAGAUUUUUUUUUUGCCAAUCAUUUGUAGACAUGCUGCUGAGUUAUUUGUCCUCGGUAUUUUCAUUUGGGUUUAGAGAUGACUAUUAGAGCAUAUAGGAAUUUAUGUCAGGUUUCUUUUGUAUAAACAAUAGGUUUCUUCUGGGUAUUGAUUUGUACAUUCAACUGUAAAUUUUUUAUUGAUCUGAGUAAAAAGCAGUAUAGGCUUUGAAGGAAUAAAUGAAAUGAACUUAAAUUUUGCCGGUGCCCU